UCGAAGUGACGUGUAAAGUGUAUUCGUCGGCGCCCCACAGUUUUCUAAUAACCCACAAGAAAAAGCUCAAAAUGAGCUCUUUCAAACGCGACAAGAAAGAAGAAGAAGAUGGCAGCGGAAACCCAUAUCAGAACCUCGAUAAAACCAUCGUGCUACAAGAAUCCCGAUACUUCAACGAGAGUUCGGUCCAUCCGCGAAAAUGCACGCAUAUUUUGUCGAAAAUACUAUUCCUACUCAAUCAGGGAGAGAAAUUGACUACCCAAGAAGCUACCGAUGCGUUUUUCGCGACCACCAAGUUGUUCCAAUCUAAAGAUGUGAUGCUGAGGCGUAUGGUAUACUUAUGUAUAAAGGAAUUGAGCAGUAUGGCUCAGGAUGUCAUCAUAGUGACAUCUUCGCUGACUAAAGACAUGACUGGGAAGGAGGAUUUGUACAGGGCGGCGGCUAUAAGAGCCCUGUGCAGUAUUACGGACAGUACGAUGCUGCAAGCCAUCGAGAGAUACAUGAAGCAGGCUAUUGUUGAUAAGAAUCCGGCAGUGAGCUCAGCGGCUCUGGUGUCUGCACUGCAUCUGUCGUCGAGCGCGCCCGAUCUCGUGCGCCGAUGGGCCAAUGAAGCUCAGGAAGCCAUCAGCUCCGACAACGCCAUGGUGUCGUACCACGCGCUCGGCGUCGUCGCGGGCUCGCGCAGGAACGACAAGCUCUCCACCGUCAAGUUGGUCACCCGUCUCGCUCGUGCCCCUCUGAAGUCCCCUUACGCCCUCUGCCUACUCAUCCGCCUUGCCGCCCAGUUGGUUGAAGAUGACGAAUCAGACGCUUCACAACCUUACAUCGAGUUUAUCGAGUGCUGUCUUAGACAUAAGUCGGAAAUGGUCAUUUACGAGGCUGCCCAUGCAAUUGUUAACCUAAGGAAAACCGCUAGGGACCUAGCCCCGGCUGUAUCAGUCUUGCAACUCUUCUGCGGCUCUUCUAAAGCUUCUUUAAGGCUGGCUGGUGCUAGAACUUUAGCCAGACUUACCGCUAAACACCCUACAGCAGUCGCUGCCUGUGCGGUUGAUUUGGAGAACUUGAUUUCGGAUCCGAAUCGCUCUGUAGCUACUCUAGCGGUUACAACUUUGCUAGCUACCGGUGCUGAGAGUUCGGUAGAUAGAUUGAUGAAGCAGAUCUCUAGUUUUGUAUCGGAGAUAUCUGAUGAAUUUAAAAUCGUUGUCGUCCGAGCUAUAAGACGACUUUGCACUAAGUUCCCAAGGAAACAUCAGUCACUUGCAGCGUUUCUGGCUGGCAUGUUGAGAGAUGAAGGAGGCUUGGAAUACAAGGCGGCUAUAGCGGAUGCUAUUAUAGCUCUGGUCGAAGAAAACCCAGAUGCAAAGGAAACAGGUCUAGCGCAUCUCUGUGAGUUCAUCGAAGAUUGCGAGCACACGGCUUUGGCUGUCCGUAUCUUGCAUUUGCUCGGUCGUGAAGGUCCAAAAUCGCGUCAACCUUCGCGUUACAUACGCUUUAUUUACAAUAGAGUUAUUCUUGAAUCCGGGCCGGUGAGGGCAGCUGCUGUGUCAGCUGUAGCUCAAUUCGGAGCUCAAAGACCAGAGUUACUUCCCAAUAUAAGGGUAUUAUUGUCUAGGUGUCAAAUGGAUGACGAUGACGAAGUACGUGACAGAGCUAUAUAUUACUCCGCGAUUUUGGACACUGGUGAUCAGCAACUUAUCAACGAUUAUAUCGUGAACGUGCCCAAGCCAAACCCGGUACUGCUUGAGCGUGCGUUGCGCGAUCAUUUGGCUACCCGCCCUGAAGAACCUUUUGACAUCAUGGCCGUGCCUACAGAGGAAGAGCCGAAGGAAAGUAAGGAGGCUGUCGUUGAAAUUGAAGUCCGUAAACCUGUGCCUGUAUCUAUUGAGGAGUUGUACUCUGAGCAGCUCUCGAAACUGCCAGGAAUUGAGCGUCUCGGUCCAAUCUUUAAGACAGUUCCUCCAUUCGACUUAACAGAAGCUGAAACUGAGUACAGAGUCCGCCUCCUUAAACAUAUCUUCGCCAGGCAUGUUAUUCUACAAUUCGAGUGUGUCAAUACCUUAAACGAUCAGCUUUUAGAGCACGUUCACGUGCGUCUGGAAACGCCACCAGAAUACGAGGUAAAAUCCAUAGUACCGUGUCAAAAGCUUGAAUACGACAAGCCUGGAAGCGUUUUUCUCAUCUUAGAAUUCCCAAGCGCUUUCAUAGACAGCUUGGGACUGUUUGGAGCGACUUUGGAGUUCACGGUUCGGGAUUGCGACCCGACUACAGGUGUCCCUGACUCCCACGAAGGAUACGCUGACUCUUACCCGUUAGAGGAGUUCGGUAUAGGUUGCAGCGAUCAGAUCCGAGCGCGCCCAGCCACAGAUGAUUGGGAACAAAUUUGGGACAGAGCUGCAAACGCCCCUGAAGCCAGCGACACAUUUGGUCUGUCACAGAACAAUAUAAACGACGCCGUAUCUGCUGUGUGUGAACAUCUAGGGCUCCCUAAGGCUUCAGUCUCAGGGGAUGCGGUAAAGGAGAUUAGGGCGCAGGGUAUAUUUAGGGGAGGGGCGCCUGUGUUGGUCAGGGGCAAGUUGGUUGCAGGAGGGGAGACUGUUACUAUGAAGCUUGCGGCGCGGUCGCCGAGGGAGGAUGUAGCUCAGCUGUUACUGGCUGCCAUUUAGAUUAAAUGUUAAGAAUUGCCUGAAUGCACAUUAGAUGUCAUUUUCAUCAAUAACAGAGGAAAUUGCCACAAAAUGUAUGUCUGGUAACUACUACCCUUAGAGGAUAUAACAUAUAACCAAACGGAGACGCCUUGUUUGUAAUUUUCGGUACAAAACAGUCUGCCGAUUUUUGCGGGGGAGGGGCACGUCAACUGUAUACGUAACGUAAAAAAUAACCAUGUCAGAUAAACGUCAGUCCAUACAAUGUGCCAUUGGCCGCCUAUUUUCGACAGAGGGGAACGUCUGUUAAUGGCUACUCCGUUUGGUUAUAUCCUCUAAGACUGUACAUAGGUCAAAGAUUCAAGUUCCUUUGAUUGCGGUUAAUGAGAAUCGUUUAUCGUACCUACAUACAUAACUAGAACUCCACCAUACUAUUAAGGGCCAUUUUAUUUAUUAUUUGGAUGUUUUAUGUUAUUUCUACUCAGAAUCACGAGCUCUUUCGUUUGGAGAAAACAAAGUGUCCCAAGAUUUUUAUUUCCAUAACGUUGCUAUUUUUCAUAGGCUUUGUAUGGCGGUAACGGUAUGGAAAUUUUGACUUUAAGUAAAGUGACCCAUAUGUAGCAUAAAAAUUACACCGCUAUUAUUUUUCUGAAUGUGCGUUCUUUAUAUAUUAAACAGCAAAUUACUACUAGUAAGAGAAUUUAAAAAUUAGUAUUAUUUUAAUUUUUAACAAGCAGAAACGUCUGCGAACGAUGCUAUUAAGCUUAGAAUAAAUUUAAAAGUGGAAAAAUUACUGUCUUGGGUGAGACUUGAACUCACGGCCUCUGGAUCGAUAAUCCAGCUGCAGCUGUUUU